ACAAACAAAAACCAACCAAACAAGCAAAAAACAAAACAAAAUAAAACAAAAAACAAAACCAGAGAGGCUUCCUUAUAGAGAGGCAGGGUUCCAGAACCUGCUAGUGACCACAUGAAGAAACUGAGGUUCAGAAAGACAGGACAGUCUCACCAUGAGGAGGAGGCCUGAAGGGCUCCAUCGGGAACUCCCUUUCCAUUGUCUAGAAUUGUGUGAGGAGGUGAAGAAAAGUGGUUCCAGAGAGAGCCAAGAGAUCCAAACUGGACUGCCAGGCCUGGAUCUGGGAAGGCCAUACUGCCCUUGGCUUCAUGUGCCUGCUACGAAUGUCCAGUUUAUAACGACCUUCCCCGAAAGGCAAUGAUAUAUGCUCUGAACUCCCCUCACUGGCUCUCCUCAUUUCCCAAGCCCAGAGAAGCUUCCUAGGCUUGGGAAGAGGAAAGGGGGGAGUUUUAUGCAACAAUAAAGGGUACCCACAGGCAGUAGUGGCAACAGCAUGUGUGAAUGGAGGACCCUUUUCCACUGCAGCCUAGCCAGGGUGGGUAUGCUAGAGUUGGAAGGGGCUUGCUGGGGUUCAGGAGAUGUCAAGGAAGAUGAUACAGCUUUGUUGCACACUUCACAGAAGGCCGUUACAAGCACCACAUGCCUGCCGGAAGAUGGAGGUGGAGCUGGCCUGGAGCCCAACCUGAGGGGUCAGCAGAGCCUGGUUGAGGAGCCUAGGUGUGGCCCCAGCAGCUUCCAGCGUGGGACUGGCACCAACACUCGCUGCUGCAGCUUGUGUGCUCCAGACAAGGAGGCCUGUCCUGAAGGAGACUGUACAUGUGUCAUGCCGGAGUACCACUGUGAAGACCCUCAGUGCAAGACCUGCAAACACCACCCUUGCCAACCAGGCCAGAAGGUGCAGCCUCAUGGGAAAAUUAAGUUUGGCUUCGAGUGUGUUGACUGUGCCAUGGGCACCUUCUCCGCAGGUCGUGAGGGCCACUGCAGACCUUGGGCCGACUGUGCCCAGCUUGGAUUUCUCACCAUGUUCCCUGGGAACAAGACUCACAACGCUGUGUGCAUCCCGGAGCCACUGCCCACUGAACAACAUGGCCAUUUGACUGUCAUCUACCUGGCCAUAGCUGCAUGCAUUCUCCUCCUAACCACAGCCCAGCUCUGCCUGCACAUAUGGCAGCUGAGGAGGCAGCGCAUGUGUCCCCGAGAGACCCAGCCACUCUUGGAGGUGCAGUUACCACCAGCUGAUGAUGCUUGCAGCUUCCAGUUCCCUGAGGAGGAGCGUGGGGAGCAUGUGGAGGAUAAGAGUCGUCUGGGAGACCGGUGGCCAUGAGGGUUGUUCUUCCUCUGUACCCCAAGCCAGACCCUCUAAGACUUGCCCAGACCUACUCUUGGUGAGAGCAAGGGCUCUACCGUGCAUCUUUUCCUGGGCCUGGCCCUGCUCCCCUCAAUGGUGGAAGUGGGUGUAGAUGUUGAUUGAUGGUGGUAAAUGACAACUGGGUGUAAAAAGAGUGGUGACUACAAUUGGACCCUAUGGCUGCCUCCCUCUUUUGCCAGCUCUGUUGGAGUAGGGUCUUUAAGCUCUCAAAGAGCUCUAAGUGUUCAGCACGAGACCUUGUACAAGUGGUUUUUAAUAAAUACUUGUCUAGUAA